ACGACUCAAGGCACGGACGGGCCUGCUCUGCGAUGCGCUCCGAUGAUUGGACAUAGGAGUUUGACAGGCUUGUUAGUUCCGCCCAUCAACGCGACACGCCUCCUCUCUUCCUCGCGAGCAUGGCUGAAAACUACAAAUGGGAAGAGUUUGAAAAGUUGUGCGGAUGAGGUGCUGUCUCUCAUCUCAAACGAGCAGAGCAUACAAGUGGAGUCGUUUUUCAUGAAUUAAAUGGCGGAGCAACUACUUACUGAAAACGAUGAGAAGCAUCUUACAAAGCCUCUGCUGGCGGUGGCUUUCCUGGCCUCGUUUGGUAGCUCCAUGCUCUAUGGCUUCAACUUGGCAGUCGUCAACUCUCCUGCACAGUACAUCAAAGACUUCUACAAUGAGACGCUGGUAGAAGAUUACAACUGGACUCCGGAUGAAAACCAACUCACCGUCUUGUACUCCCUCACCGUUUCCAUCUAUGCUAUCGGUGGGAUGAUGGGGGCCCUGCUAGUGGGCAAACUGGUAACCAAAUAUGGAAGGAAAGGGACGUUGGUGAGAUCUACUGUGCUGGUGUUCAUAGGGGGAGCUCUUUUGGGUUUCAGCAGAAUGUGCAGGAUGCCUGCGAUGGUCAUUAUUGGACGCUUCAUCACAGGAGUACACUCAGGUAUCUCUCUCAGUGUGGUGCCGAUGUACCUCGGUGAGAUCGCCCCCAAGAACCUGCGAGGCUUCUUAGGCCUCAUUCCCAGCAUUCACAUUUGUCUUGGAGUCUUCAUCGCUCAGGUCCUGGGACUCCAUGAACUGCUGGGAAAGGAAGAGCACUGGCCUUUGCUCCUUUCCUUGGUAGUGUUUCCUACCACCAUCCAGCUGAUGCUGUUGCCAUGGUUUCCAGAAAGUCCACGGUACCUGUUGAUAGAGAAGGAAAAUAUUCACGCCACCAUUGCAGCCCUUAAGAGGUACCGUCCUAAAGGAGACAUCCAGGCGGAGGUGGAUGAGAUGCAAGAGGAACAGCGCUCUCUGUCCUCUAUCCAGACCGUCUCGGUUUGGGGCCUGCUAAUGGACCGCUCCGUUCGCUGGCAGGUCAUCACCAUUGUGGUGGUCAACAUUGGCAUGCAGUUAUCUGGCAUUGAUGCGAUCUGGUUCUACACAAAUGACAUUUUUAGCGACGCAGGAAUCCCAGGACCUUAUAUUCAGUACACAACUGUGGGAACCGGUGCCAUUGAGGUCAUCUCUGGGAUGCUGGGGUGUUUCACUAUCGAGCGUCUUGGCAGGAGACCUCUGAUGAUUGGCGGCUUUCUCUUCAUGGGUCUCUGCUGUGCUGGGAUCACAGUGACUGUCCUCUUCCAGGCACAGGUGUCCUUCAUGCGCUACAUCAGUGUGGGCUGCGUUGUUGGGAUUAUUGCUGGCUUCUGCAUUGGUCCAGCUGGUGUGCCUUUCCUGAUCACUGCAGAGCUGUUUAAGCAGUCACACCGACCGGCUGCCUACACUGUGGCUGGUUGCCUCAACUGGUUGUCCAACUUCACCAUCGGCUUUGUCUUUCCUUUCCUAGAGAUGUAUUUAGGUCCUUACUGUUACCUGAUCUUCUGCAUAAUCUGCUUGGGAGUGGCUGUCUACACAAUCUUCAUUAUUCCUGAGACCAAGAACAAAACCUUCAUGGAGAUCAGCCAGAUGUUCGCUGACAAGAACAACAUCCUCAAGGAAGAGCUGCAUUCCAAUGGGCUUCUCAAAAUGGCUGUGAUGAAUGGCUAUGGAACCCUUGGCCGCCACAACUAAAAAUAAGGAUUGAGGAGGUGGACCUACAUGCAAAUAAUGUUCUCUUCUUUGGAAGACCAGAUAAAAGACUUCCAUGGCCACGAGAUCAUGCAAAAACUACAAAGACCACACGCUUUCUACACGCACAUUAAUUCCUGUUCUAAUAAUUAAUCCUCAGUCAAAGUGCAGCUUCUGUACAUUAUGUGGGACAGAAGUCACAUGCGUUUCAACGGUCAUGCGUUUCAAAUCAACCGUCAGUGACAUUUUAAUCCGUUUCCUUGCAUCUUUAAUCAUUUUUACGGUGGCCAAGUUGGUUUCUCACAGUGCUCUCAAGAAGUUUUAAUCUUCGCAUUGGCUUCACUUGAUGUGAACACAUCCCAUGAGCAAUUCAUUGUUCAUAGUGUUGUGUUCUGUCUUUGUUGCUCAAUAAAAACUGAUUAUGUUUAUUUAGUGACAUGGCAAUAACACCUUUGAGGCAGUGCUUCAAUCAGUGAACUAAAGGAGGGAUGAAAGCCAUUUCUCUCAUGUUUCACUCAGUGGUUAAAAAGUCACGAGACAUAAUGUGAAUAAAACAGUAGUUACUGUUGCUGUUUGUUCCCAGUGUUCAGCUCAAGGUCUUGACGAAGAACUUGAGCUUGUGUUUGUUUAUGUCUUUUUGUUCAGUGUGUGUUUUGUGUCUGUUUUAAGAGAGCUGGAUAAUUUGGCUGCUGUAGUAUCAUUUCAUGUGUCUUGUCCAAAUUAAUGCACAGAUAUAUAAAGCUUGUUAAAGAGCUAUAUAUAUAUUAUAUAUAUACAUAUACAUAUAUAUAUAUAUUUAUCAAUAUAUCAUGAAAAAUAAGCUGGUCUCUCUUAACUGGCCUGUUUUGCAAGACCUCAUUGUGUAAAAUAUGGUGGAAACUAGGGCUGGGCAAUGUAUCAAUGUUGUAUCGAUAUCACAAUAUGAGACCAUAUGUUGUCUUAGAUUUGGAUCGUAAUAUCGUAAUAUGGUAAGUGUUGUCUUUACCUGGUUUUAAAGGCUACAUUACUGUAAAGUGAUGUAAUUUUCUGAAUUUACCAGACUGUUCUAGCUGUUCUAUUCUUUAUCUUUACCAACUAAGUCAUUAAAUAAUUUCUGGAGGAUAUUUCUCAAAAAUCUCAUUGUGUAAGUAACAUUUUGUUUAAGCCCCAAUAGUCUACCAUACAAUAUCGUCGCAAUGUCGACAUUAAGGUAUUUGGUCAAGAAUAUUGUGACAUUUGAUUUAAAAAAAUAAACCCACUGCGCCAUUAAAUACAGAGCAGCUCUUUUGUGUUACCACAAUACUUUUCUUUUGGGGCCAAUGUUACAGUAACUUCAUAUUUAUUUAGCUGUGG